UCAUGAUCUAUCCGAGUACUCCUUUUCAUUUCGCCGGAGACAUCCUUUAGACACAGUCUCACAUAUCGCAGAGUAUAUAAGAAGACUUUCUACUCAGGAUGCAUCGUCAUUCACAACACCAUGCCGUCCCCUUUCACCACUUACAACGAUGCUCCUCCUCCUGCCUACAGUCCCCACAAUGACGGGGGGGCUCCGAAUCAAGAUGCAUUAGCUAGGCUCGAUAGUCUAGUGGAAAGGUUCAGAUCAUUGCACCACCCACCGACCGUACCCCAGAACUCCAGGCUCUAUGUUACGAGACAGCCCAAGCCGAUCAAGCCGAUCACUACUGAAACGAUAACAAGUGUGCCCUUAUAUGAAGAAAGUACUCGUGAACAUAGGAAAUGGUCUCACGGUCUGUUCAACUUUUGGGGAGACAUCCGCACCUGUGUGUCGGCAUGUUUCUGCCCUUGUAUCACAUUGGGCCGCAACAUCGAUCGAUACGAUCAUCUUCAAACAACUGGUUAUCCUCACCCCGAUCCGUUUGGUCGUUCCUGCUCUGCCCCCUGCUGUGCACAUGCUGCAUGUAUUCCCUGCUGUGGUGUGGCUUGUGCAUUUCAGGCGGUAUAUCGCGGAGAAAUUCGGGAACGUUAUGGUAUUGAUGGAAGUGUCAUCGAAGAUUGCUUCGCCUCUACGUGCUGUUAUCCUUGUCAAUUGACUCAAGAAAGCAGGCAAAUAUCCUUGGAAGAGAGGCAAUGGACAGAAAUGUUUCAUGUUUAGGAACUUGAGUUUUAUUCCUCGGGUUCGCAAUUUUUGUAAUUGGUUCUCACUCUUAGUAUUGGUACAAACUUUGUUGCUAUACAUUCAUAUAUCCCCGAUUAUAAAAAUUCGUUAUC